AUGGAUCGAAAACUUUACGUUCCUGAUGUGAAUAAAUGGUUAAAGUAUUUUGAUAAACGAACAAAGAAUGUUGUUCAGUCAAAUAAGCAGGUUGGAUCUGGAGUUGGGAAUUACAAGGACAAGUGGUUUUCUUAUAUGAUUCCAAUGAUACCGAGCCAUGUAAACAGUGACGGAGACAACAAGCACAAACCUAAAAUAGAAGUGACGUCACAAACACAAGAUGUGGUAGAAAGGGCUUUACCCAGUGCUUUGGAUCUGUUUACUAUGCCCCCAUACCAAACGAGUGUGUUUCAACAUUACUACGUCGAUGUUAGACCUGUUAGUCAAAUUACAGAUUCGUCACCAGUAGAAUUUCAAAUUGCAAAUAGUGGAAGUGACUACGUGGAUUUGAAACGAAGUCGUUUACAUGUUAAACUGAAAGUGAGUCAUUCCGAUGGAACGGUUCUGGGUAAGGACGAACACGUGGCACCAGUAAAUUUAUUCAUGCAAGCUCUAUGGUCGCAAGUCGCUGUGUACUUACAAGGUCAGCUGGUGAGUUCGGCGAACAAUCAUUAUCCCUACAAAGCAUACAUUCAAACCUUACUGAAUUAUGGCGCAGAAGCUAAACAAUCGCAACUACAAUCUCAGAUGUUUUACAAGGACGUCGGAGAGACACAAGCUGACAUCGAGAGCACCGAUCCUAUCACUGGCACUAAUUCUGGUGUAUCGGACCGAGGAGCGCACAUCGCAGACACCAAAACGGUUACCAUGGAAGGUCCCCUGUGUGAAGAUAUUUUUAACAUGGGGAGAUAUAUGGUGAAUGGGGUUGAUAUGACAGUUAAGUUAUUUCGGAGCUCCAUACCCUUUUGUUUGAUGUCUGGGAAGACCGGACAGGAGUACAAGAUCGAACUCUUAGAUAUUUACUUCAAGAUAUGUAAACUGAAAAUGAACAGUGCACUUAUUUUAACACACAACAAGAUGUUUGAAAAGUCUAACGCCUUGUACCCAUUCGCUAAAACCGAAGUUAAAAUGUCUAGUAUUCCGUCGUCCCAACAAAGUUACGUGUGGGACAGUGUGUAUCAGUCGCAGUGUCCAAACAGACUGAUCGUUGGUUUUGUCGACGGUGACGGAGUGAGUGGAUCAUACACAAAGAACCCGUUUAACUUCCAGAGUUCAUUCGUGAAAACGGUUGGCUUAUAUUUGGAUGGAGUCAGUGUACCCGGUCGACCAGUCGAAGCAGAUGACGUCAGUGCCUACGUGAAUUUGUUUGAAGGUGUUAAUAGCUGGAACCUGAAUUGUGGAAAUUAUAUUGAAAGAACUGAAUUUUCUUUGGGAAAUGGUCUGUUUGUGUUCAACCUUGAACCCGUUUUCGUUGACUCUGAUUAUUUAAGUUUAUUAAAAAAAACGGUAACUUAA